AUGUCCCGGGUCUUCGAGCUGCAGCCGCAGGACGGCGGCCCCCGGGUGGCCCUGGCGCCGGGGGAGACGGUGGUCGGCCGCGGGCCGCUGCUGGGAAUAACAGAUAAGAGAGUGUCCAGAAGACAUGCCAUUCUUGAAGUGGUGGGUAGUCAGCUUCGAAUCAAACCGAUACAUACAAAUCCGUGCUUUUAUCAGUCUUCUGAGAAGAGCCAGCUCUUACCAUUGAAGACAAAUCUAUGGCACUGGUUGAAUCCUGGAGAUAGUUUCUCUUUAUUAGUUGACAAGUACAUUUUUCGUGUUUUGUCUACACAUUCUGAAAUGGAAGUGGAAUGUCCUUUAAGAAACAGUCAAAUACUUGAUGAAGAUGAUAUAUUGAAUGAAACACCAAAAUCUUCCUCGUUUGAUUUGCCUGAUGAGACACCUGAUGCCCCACAGUUGGAAAGAAGCACAGAAAUAGGAAAGACCCAGACCACUGCAAAUAGUGUGUCUUUCCUAGAUGAAAGUAGAGACUUGAGUAAGCAACAGCCAAACCCUUCCCAGAGGAAAAGAAUCCUUCCAGCAUGGAUGUUAACAGAAAAUCUAAGUGAUCAGAACCUUUCAGUACCAGUCAUCAGUGGAGAUAAUACUGUAAUCCGGGAAAGUGGAAAAGAAGGAAUUUACAAAGACAAAACCCAAGUAAACAUCACACAGCAAGGAAGAAAGCGAUUAAUUUCAUCAGGAAGUACAGAAAGUAUAUCAGCAGAGCAAGACACAGGGAAAAAGUGCAAAAAUGCUGACCAAGAAGAGUCUAUCAUUUCAUCCAAGGAAAUGUCACAGUCAUUUUCUGCAAUCACGUUAGAUAACACAGAAGUAAAUAACAUGAAGACUAAUGCACAGAGAAAUGAAAUCCUAGUAGAGGAACUUGGUAAAGUUCCUGAACAUAAAAUCACCACUAAGGAAACACCAAAUGAAGACAGCAAGGCGAGGAGUUGUUCUGAGAGUUGUUUGAGUGCCCAAGGCAAGUCCUUCCAUGGUGAGCCUGAAAGAUCUCAUCCUGAGUCUGGCUCUGAUCCCUCCAAUCCUGAAACUUUGCAUGCAAAGGCAGCUGAUUCAGUUCCACAGGGUUCUGAAGAAAACAAGGUCAAGAGGACAUCCUGCAUGUAUGGGGCAAACUGCUACAGGAAGAAUCCUGUCCAUUUUCAACACUUCAGUCACCCUGGUGAUAGUGAUUAUGGAGGUGUACACAUCACGUGUCAAGGUGAGGCUGAUGACCGGCCCGAAUGUCCCUAUGGAGCAUCUUGUUAUAGGAAGAAUCCCCAGCACAAGAUAGAAUAUAGACAUAGUACCUUUCCAGUGAGACACAUUUCAGAUGAAGAUGACAGUGUUGGCCAACCCAGUGAGUACAGCGUGCAUGACAGCGUUACAGAUGAUGAGGGAGAAGAAUAUGAGCCAACAGAUGAAGAUUCCGACUGGGAACCGGGCAAGGAAGACCUAGAAAAGGAAGAUAUGGAAGGGCUUUUGAAAGAAGCGAAAAAGUUUAUGAAAAGAAAAAAGUAA